AUGUCAGCUUUAAGAUCUUUUCAACGUUCCACAAAAUUAUCAAAAUCAAGUUUAGUAUCAAUUAGAAAUUAUGCUUCAGCUGAACCAGUAUGUAAAGAUUAUAUUAUAUUAUAUUAUAGAAUAUUAUAUUAUAUUAUAGUAUAGAAUAUCCGUAAAUGGUUGCCAAUUGACCAGAAAUGAAAUAUACUAACUAACUCUUAUUUAGACUUUAAAACAAAGAUUGGAAGAUACUUUACCAGAAAAAGCUGAACAAGUCAAACAAUUGAAAAAAGAACACGGUAAAACAGUUAUUGGUGAAGUUUUAUUAGAACAAGCUUAUGGUGGUAUGAGAGGUAUUAAAGGUUUGGUUUGGGAAGGUUCUGUUUUAGAUCCUAUUGAAGGUAUUAGAUUUAGAGGUAGAACUAUUCCAGAUAUUCAAAAAGAAUUACCAAAAGCCCCAGGCGGUAAUGAACCAUUACCAGAAGCUUUGUUUUGGUUAUUAUUAUCUGGAGAAGUUCCAACUGAAGCUCAAACUAAAGGUUUAUCUGAAGAAUUGGCUGCUAGAUCUCAAUUACCAAAACAUGUUGAAGAAUUAAUUGAUAGAUCUCCAAGUCAUUUACAUCCAAUGGCUCAAUUUUCAAUUGCUGUUACUGCUUUAGAAUCUGAAUCUCAAUUUGCUAAAGCUUAUGCUAAAGGUGCUCAUAAAUCUGAAUAUUGGAAAUAUACUUAUGAAGAUUCAAUUGAAUUAUUAGCUAAAUUACCAACUAUUGCUGCUAAAAUUUAUAGAAACGUUUUUCAUGAUGGUAAAUUACCUGCCUCAAUUGAUAAAAAUUUAGAUUAUGGUGCAAAUUUAGCUAAUUUAUUAGGUUUUGGUAAAAAUCAAGAAUUUUUAGAAUUAAUGAGAUUAUAUUUAACUAUCCAUUCUGAUCAUGAAGGUGGUAAUGUUUCUGCUCAUACUACUCAUUUAGUUGGUUCUGCUUUAUCUUCUCCAUUUUUAUCAUUAGCUGCUGGUUUAAAUGGUUUAGCUGGUCCAUUACACGGUAGAGCCAAUCAAGAAGUUUUAGAAUGGUUAUUUAAAUUAAAAGAAGAAUUAAAAGGUGAUAUUUCAAAAGAAGCUAUUGAAAAAUAUUUGUGGGAAACCUUAAAUGCUGGUAGAGUUGUUCCAGGUUAUGGUCAUGCUGUUUUAAGAAAAACUGAUCCAAGAUAUACUGCUCAAAGAGAAUUUGCUUUAAAACAUAUGCCAGAUUAUGAUUUAUUCAAACUAGUUUCAAAUAUUUAUGAAGUUGCUCCAGGUGUUUUAACUAAACAUGGUAAAACUAAAAAUCCAUGGCCAAAUGUUGAUUCCCAUUCUGGUGUCUUAUUGCAAUACUAUGGUUUAACUGAAGAAUCUUUCUAUACUGUUUUAUUCGGUGUUUCAAGAGCUUUUGGUGUCUUACCACAAUUAAUCUUAGAUAGAGCAAUAGGUAUGCCAAUAGAAAGACCAAAAUCAUUUUCAACUGAAAAAUACAUAGAAUUGGUUAAAAAUAUAAAUGCUAACAAAUAA